UGGCGUCCCGCUCGUGUAGAACCUGCACUGCUCGCAGAAGCCGCCUAACGUGGAUCCGAGUGCCGUCGUGUCCCGUUCCCAGCACUUGCAGUCUGGAUCCUGCUAUGCAGCCCGGCUUUGGACAUCUAAAAGUUCUGUUCCCGUUCUUCUCCCACAGUCCAUAUCAGUUUAAAGAACGCAGAACUGAAAGACGCACCUUGUAGCUCUGUGCCGUUACAUCCUCCGUGCUGUCUGAGCGGCUGAGAGCUUAGAGAUCCCUUUAUUCUCUCCAGCCCUUUCCCUGCCCGAUGCCUUCAGACCCCUGUACCUGGUAGACGUGCUGUACCUUUCUUGAGACCUCUGGGAAAUCCGAGGUUCUGUGAAGUCCCCAAGCACUCCUUCCAAUGUAUCUAAAGGAAUUUAGGACAGAGCAGUGCCCUCUAUUUUUGCAGCACAAGUGUACCCAGCACAGACCAUUUACCUGUUUUCAUUGGCAUUUCCUAAAUCAGCGUCGUCGUAGACCUAUACGAAGGCGUGAUGGAACUUUUAACUACAGUCCCGAUGUUUAUUGUACAAAAUAUGAUGAGACUACAGGAAUCUGCCCAGAUGGAGAUGAUUGCCCUUACCUACAUCGAACAACAGGAGAUACAGAAAGGAAAUACCAUCUCAGAUAUUACAAGACUGGAACAUGCAUUCAUGAAACAGAUGCCCGGGGUCACUGCGUGAAGAAUGGGAUUCACUGUGCCUUUGCUCAUGGGCCGCAUGACCUUAGACCUCCAGUAUAUGACAUCAGAGAACUUCAGGCGCAGGAAACUUUACAGAAUGGGCAGCUAGGAUGUGGUGAAGGCAUUCCAGAUCUGCAACCAGGGAAUUUAGCAAGUCAAGCAAUGAUUGAGAAGAUCCUUAGUGAAGAUCCAAGAUGGCAGGACACAAAUUUUGUGCUAGCUGGCUACAAGACAGAGCAGUGCACAAAGCCACCCAGGCUGUGCCGCCAGGGCUACGCGUGUCCGCAUUUCCACAACAGCCGCGACAGGAGACGGAAUCCCAGGACGUUCAAAUACAGGUCUACUCCUUGCCCCAGUGUAAAACAUGCAGAUGAAUGGGGUGAACCUUCAAGGUGUGAAAGUGGGGAUAGCUGCCAAUACUGUCAUUCUCGUACAGAGCAGCAGUUUCAUCCCGAGAUAUACAAGUCUACAAAGUGCAAUGAUAUGCGCCAGACGGGUUACUGCCCUCGGGGCCCGUUCUGUGCAUUUGCACAUGGUGAAAUCAAACCAGGUGCUCACCUGUUCUCAACAGACAGCCUAGGAAUCACAAAUGAAUGGAGCAGCAGUCUUAAUGCCACAAACAGUGUUACAAGUAACAGUGGGCAGUCUGGAAAUAUUUCCUGUUCUUCAAGUCCACCUGUAACAUCAAGUUCUGGUAGCAGUAGUUCUUUGUCACCCCUUGGACCUCUUUGUAGACAGAGAUCAUUAGCAAAUGGUGUUUUGUGUUCUGAGUCCAGCACUUCAGGUGUUUCUUCACCAACAUCCAGCUAUCCUAAAGCACCAGGUUUUGAACGAGAAGAUCAGGCAAAGCAGCGAAGCUUCUCAGCUGAGAAUCAGCAGAAAAAAAAUGAACAGGACAACAAGCAGAACCAUCUCAGUGUUUUUUCAGUGGUUAACCCACUCGCUUCAAGUAUUACUUCCAGUCUGGCCUCCAGUGUUGGAUCAGAUAGUUCAUCUCCUACAACUGUCUCUAUUAUCAGUACCCAAACUCUCCCAUUCUAUUCUGCUGGUAACACAGUUGAAUCAGUUAUAGGUUCAGCUCUAGAUAUGCAUUUCAACGGUGUGAAUGUGGCAUCCAUCAGUAGGGAGUUGGAAGAUCAAGAAGGCAGUGACCUUGGAUUAGCAAGUAAAAGAUUACUGGAAAGUUCAGCACCUGUCAAUAUUCCAGGUUCUCUUGUUCGUUCCUCCUCUCUACAUUCAUCAUCAUCCCUUUCAACCUCUCCACUCAAUUCUCUUUCACAAUCACUUUCUCAGUCUUUUGUUUCAUCCGCUAUGGUCCCUCACCAACAGCAGCCUCAGCCUUUGAAAUCAGAACAGAAUAUAUUGGGCACCUCUGCCUCUUCUCACAACUCGUUAGGUUUAAAUGGUGUUACGGGGAGCAUGUGGGACUUUGUAACUGGGAAUUUCUCUCCCAGCCCAUCCCCAGUUCUGAGCAGUGGCACUGCCCCCUCCGUGAGUUCAAACAGCAGUGGGAACGAACUGACUCGAGUUAGACAGGAACUUGAUGAUGCCAAGAGAAAACUGAAACAAUGGGAAGAAUCUUGGCAACAAGUAAAACAGGCAUGUGAUGCAUGGCAGAAAGAGGCUCAAGAAGCAAAUGAACGUGCUGAUGUUGCAUCUGCUGACAAACAACUCGCUCUUCAGAAGAAGGAAGCAGUGGAAAAUAAAUUAAAAAAGCUGAAGGUGCAAUUAGCUGCCUGCCUGUCUACUGCAUUACCUUACAUGGAAAACUAUGGAGACAUAGAAAAAAUCUCCUUGCCAAAGCUUCGCUCCUUACAAAGCCGGCUGCACUUAGAUUUAGGAACAAUAGAUGAGGGUCAACCUGAGCAGAUUGUUACAGCGUGGCCCAGAAGUGUUUUGAAUAUCUUCAAGGAUGGAGAUGCUGGAACCUCUGUGGGCAGCCUUGUCCAAUGUUUGACCACCCUCACUGUAAAAGUGGGAUUUCCUGUCCUUAUCAUUUGUGCCUGUUGCCUCUUCUUUCACUGGAUACCAUCAAGAGGAGACUGUAUCUUUUUUACUUCCUCCCACAAGGUGAUUUUUCAGCUUCAGUCAAAGAAGUGUAUAGUAUGUCAAGAAGGUGAUGGUAGCACUGUCCUGAAUCCAUGUCAACAUUACAUACUUUGUGAUCACUGUGCAGCUAAGCAAGAAGAAUGUCCCUGCUGCAAGAAAAAAAGUAAUCUGUGGUAACAUACAGCAUGGUAUUCAUAUCAUGUUAAUGAAUGAAAUAUAUUUUAUGCUUUUGUAUUUUGUAUAAGAAUUAUAUAAAUCACUGACAAUUAAUCCAUUUAAUAGCGUUAGACUGAUUUCGGUUUUGAUGUGAGAAACUCAGUUGCUUUCCUUGCUCACCUUUACAUAUCAAUAUCAGCCAUUCAGUCAGCUUCCAAUAGUCUCAAGGUUCUUUCAUUCCAGCCCAGUCCCACCCCAGUCUUUUCCAACCCCCACUCUCAUUCCAAGUGCACAAGGUACUUCAUAGGUUCAUUUGCACUGCAGUGUUUUGUACAAAUCUUAGCAGGAUGAAUGAAAGCACUCACAGCUGUUGCUGUCAUCAGCAGAGGUGGAUACACAGGUGCACUAAGCAGGCACUGAGAGCAAGGCCCCAGCCAGUCUGCUCUGUGUGCUGUGCUGAGCCAUGCUGGGAAUCGGUCUAACGCUACGUUUACUUUGCUGUUUGAAAAGCUAUGAUUACUAUAAAAGCACUUUUUAAUUAUUUUUUGUUGUUGUUGUUGGAGGAUAUAUUGUAAAUUGCUUUAAGCUGCUUUCUUGGUCUUAAGCUUAUUUUUUAAUACACGAUAAUAUGAUGCUUUAUAUGUGUACUGUGAAUUUCAAAUAUUUCAUAGGUUUUACUGUUAAAUCAUAAGAAGAUUAAAUAGACGUGAGAACUUACCUAGAUUUUUUACACUUUGUAAGUUAACUGCAUACUGCGAUAUUUAUAAAUGUACCAGUGGGAAGAAGAACAGUAAGGCACAUCUGCUCUCAUAUUUAAAGACAUGUUUUAAAUUCUGUGGAGCGGAUCACUUUGAGUACAGUGCUGUGCAUUUGCCUAUUUCUCUUGGUUUCCAUAUUUGUAGUCUUAAACUUUUUGUACCUUAUCUAACUUGUGUGGUACUUGUUGGGAGCAGACACGUGUAAUAACUUUUACCAAGUGCCUAUGCCAAAUACCCUACAAAAUAGCAGAAGACAUAAAAAGAGGAUUUUGCAGUUAAUUCUAUUGCUUAGUUUUGUGUCAUACAAUAUGAUGAUGACGAGAAUAUGUCUCCUGCUUUUGUAAGUAUUUUGAAGUAAAUGUUUUCACUAAUGAGGCAACACGUGAAAGGAGCUGCGAAAUGACUUUGAUUUGUCACCAGGCAGUGGCACUUUGAAGUACUGAUUCUUCUAAAAGGCGGUAAUGUACUUCAUCCUGGUUGUUGGGAAUGUGCAAUUUAGGAGGAGAGGUUAAUUAAUCCUUGAUGUUCACACUGUCCGUGUUCAGGUUAACUGCCCGUGUUACUCCUUCUUUUGUUAAAUCCACGUGAGAUGCUCGUACAGCUUACACUAAAUGACCUCCUACUGUGUUACAUGGUUUGUAUCUCUGUAUCGAUGUAUUCAGUACAAGAAGUGAGCUCACAGGCAGAGAAGUUAAUCUAUUUAAAGUUCUUUCAUGUUGAAUCAAAAAGCAAAGUGUGUACUGAAAUCUUUAUUGUUGAAAAGGAGCUUAAAUGAAGGUGUCCUUGUGGGGUUUUGUGGUCGUUAUCUGAAGACGUGAGUCAGCAAAGAACCGAACCACGGCGCAUCUCUGUGAUAACUCAAUGUGCGCUGCUGCAUCCUAAGGCAGGAAAGGGGAGAGUUUGCAGGAAUGUGAGAGACCUUUCAAAAAGGGAAGGGAAGUUACAAGCAUUAAAUAUAUUUUUAUUUAUUCCUAUUUCAGAAACUUCUUGAAGAUCAUAGCGGUCCAUUUUAAAUAAAGAUUGAAGUUGGGUUUAAAA